UUCAUUCCCAUUUGUCCCCGCCAGGCGUAGAUGGGAAUGACCCUAUUCCCAUCUGUUCCUGCCGGGGGCAGAUGGGAAUGAGAUAUUCUCAUUUGUGCCUGCCCCCCGAUUAGGGGGUUAUAAUUAUAGAUGUUUGUUAUUUUAUUGGUUUUCCGGAUACAUAAGUAGCAGCCCUCGUAUGUAGUUAGAUCGUAGCAUAAUGUACAGAGGUACCUAGUCGAAGUUCGUAUAAUAAAAUAAAUAAAUAAAAUCUUUUUUCAGAGACAUAUAAAGAUGAUGUCAUAUGGUUAAAAAACAAUUGUGAGCCUUGGGAAGAUGUUAUUAAUAAGUGGAAAUCUUCAUUUGAACUUCGGCAGCUGCAACAAUUUGAAACCGUGGGUGAAUUUAUAAAAUAUUGGCCUACAUUAAACGACACUAAAAGCGAUGUCUUGAUCCAUUUAGAUUUCGAUAGGAUGUAUGGUCCCGAUAAAACCAAUUCUUUACAUAUUAAAUGGUGUGAAUUUAUGCAAAAGAUAGAGCAAAUUAAAAACACGGUCUGUAACGAUGAGAACACAAAGACUCUGUCGAAUAAUAUCAACAAAUUAACGGAUAAUGAUGACAAACUUCCACUACAAAUCAAACUUCUGUGCCGAUUGGUGCCUCCAAAGGGUCGCUUAAACAGACGCCAAAAAUUUUCAAUAGCAGAGUGCAUAGACAGCUUUAUUGUUGACGUUAAGACGCCUGGCGAUAUUCAAACGCAUAUCGAUAAACUUGCUUCGGUCGCUGCAUCGGAAAAAAAGACGGUACAACCUUACAUAAUACGCUGCUCAACCGACAGUACUGGGGGACCUUAUUAUCUGAUUAUAGACAAAGUAAGGUACGUUUAUCAAAGUGCUUAUAAAGCCAUCGAUACACUGUUCAAGUGUUAUCACACACUUCACGUGUCUUAUCCAAACGCAGGCUAUCAUCUGUAUUUACUGAUUCAGAAAUGUGUUUAUAAUAUAAGUACAAAAUACGACGUGAUACCGCCUUACAUUUCAGACUUAGUUUCCAAUGCCAAAUGUUAGGUGUUUCACGUAAGAAUAUACUCUGUUUCGUUUAAUUUAUUUUAAUAAGAUGCAGUGUUCAAUAUGUAAAAGUGAAUACCAUGAUUUCAAAACUUAUUUCGUUCAUCUGAAUUACUAUCACAACAUAUCUGAUUAUUUCAAAUGUCCUUUUGAAAACUGUGAGCGAGUUUAUCAUACAAAAUCCUCUUUGAAAAAACAUAUAUGUGGCUAUCAUGGUGUUCAGAACGAAAAUAAUGUUUGUAUGACGGAAAUUCAAGAGAAAAAAAGCGAUUCAGUAACGAGUAUUAACCACAUCACUACUGAUGAACCUACUGAACCUACCUACUUUCCUUCUGUGUCUGAUACAAUUUCACACAAUAACUAUAGCAAUGAAAGUUCGCCGUCAUCCAAUUUUGAAGUUGAAUUAAAUAAAUUACUUCUCUCAUUUGUGUCUCAACUAUACAGUAUUUCUAGCUUACCCAGAACAGUAAUUCAAACUAUAGUACAAUUAGUAACUGGUAUAUUUACAUCUGAACCAAUUCUGAUAUUAAAGAAAGCUUUGAGUAGUAUAUCAGAAGAAUGUUCAUCGAUGCUGUCACUGCUCCAAAAUUCUUUUAAAAACUUAGGAACUGAUUAUAAGAGAAUCGAAUGUUUAAAAAAGUUGCGUACAUAUACUAAGCCGGUUCCAAAAACAGUUGGAGUCUCGGAAGAUACUAAAUCAGUGCAUGGUAGUGUGGAAAUGACAUUGAUAAAUAGAUGUUCCUAUAUGGUUCCGUUGAGGGAAAGUCUCAAAUCGUUUUUGGAAGUACCGAACGUGUUAGAUGAUAUAUUAAAUUAUGAAAAAGCUAUUUGUAAAGAUAAUGUCACCCUGAGAAACUUAGUAAACGGGAAUUGUUGGCAAGAUUUACGCAAACAGUGUAAGGAUGAAAACAUUUUACCGCUAACAAUUUAUUACGACGAUUUUGAAUCGGGAAAUCCGCUAGGAAGUCAUGCGGGUAAUCAGAAGAUAGGAGUUGUGUAUGCAACUAUUUCUACAAUACCCCCUAAAUUUAGUAGCCGUUUAGAAAAUAUUUUGCUAGCGCAUGUAUUUUAUACCGCAGAUAAAACUAUGUUUGGCAAUGAAGCCAUUUUUGGCCCUUUAAUUGAAGAACUUAAGUUUCUAGAACGGGAAGGUAUCUUAAUAUUUAGUAAAGGACAUUCAACUGUAGUGAAAUUUUGUCUUGCAAAUAUGUCUGGUGACAACUUAGGCCUACACUCAAUUUUAGGGUUACAUGAGAGCUUUUCAUCAAAUAAUUUUUGUAGAUUCUGUAUAACAUCCAAGCACUUAACUAAAACAGACACGAAAGAGCGACUUGAAAAUAUUCGAAAAACUACUGAGUAUGAAAAACAUUGUCAAGACAAAAUAGGAAUAAAAGAAGAAUGCGUAUGGCAUCAGUUAAAUUUUCAUACUUAUAAAAAUCUGACUUGUGACGUUAUGCACGACCUGUGUGAAGGCGUACAUAGAUAUGAUAUGAGUAUUAUUAUCAAACAGUUACUUGACAGUAACUAUUUUUCACUGAAGACACUAAAUGCCCGAAUUAAGUUUUUCACUUACUUAAGAACUGAAAAAAAUUGUCCACCAUCAGUUACUAAGCAACAUCUACUUAAUGGACAACUAAUUUUUUCCGCUUCGGAAAUGUUGUGCCUCGUUCGUAACUUUAGAUUUAUUGUAGGCGACUUAGUGAAGGAUGUGAAUGAUCAAACUUGGCUUCAUUACUUACGCCUUCUGGAAAUAACAGACAUAUUAACAUCUCAGGUCUUUACUCCGGAACUUCUUGGGUAUCUGACUAAUUUGAUCGAAAGUUAUCUCGAAAAUCUACAAAGUAAAUUCCACUGUACUUUGAAACCCAAACACCAUUUUCUUCUGCAUUACCCGAGAGUGAUCGAACAAAUUGGGCCACCCAUACUAGUCAGCGCGUUUAAGUUUGAAUCAAAGCAUAAAGAGUUGAAGGCAGUAGCUCAGUCAAUAUCUUGUAGAAAAAACUUACCUUUAACACUAGCGACAAGGCACCAGUUAAAAACUAGUUAUAGAUUAAUUGUGCAAGACAGCUUUUCUGACAGUAUUACGUGUGGUAAAAUAAUUCAUGUACAACAUUACCCAAGUGAAUUAAACGAAGCAGAGUACAUCUGUGUUGAGUAUUACGAAAAUAAUGGUGUAAAGUACAAUGACAAAAACGUUAUUUUGUAUAAGUACGACAUUAACUUUCCAUUAUUUUAUAAGAUAGACCGAAUUUUUGUAAAGGAAUCGGAUCACACUACGGUUUCGUUUUUGUGUAAAGAACUAGAAACGGUAGGUUACUCAUCUCAUUAUAUGGCAUUUGUUGUGGAAAUCACCACUAAAUCAAGACUGGUUACUUUAGGAGAUUGUGAUUGUAAAACACCUACUUUAAUCAGGAAGUUAAAUGAAUGUUUUUAUGUGGAUUUAAAGAGUUAAAAAUCCCGUAUUUGUGUCGUUUAGUAUUCAAAAUAUGUUAACUAUAAUUUUACUAACUUAAGUUUUAAGUGGUUGGUUUUUGAUUAUAAUUGUUUUUUUUUUUUUUAACUUCCUGACUCUCCCACCUUUUAUUUUGUUUUAGGUAUAUUAGGAACAUUGUAAUAGAAGAACAAAUAUUUUAUUUUGCCUUUUAUAAAAGUACAUGGGACUCAGGAGGUGAUAGCAAAACUAUAUGUGACGUUUUUAAGCAAAAUGUACCUACCACUUUGACGUUUACCAUAAGAACGAAAUUUGCUUGUAUCUUUAUACGAAUAACCGUUCAGAGCAUCCUUAUGGCAAGCGACAAUGUAGUACCUUUUGCUUGAAAACGACAUAUAAGUUAAAUACAAGCGUUGAUUGAUUUGAUUCUGUGUACAGUCGACUUCAUAAAUUUAUGAGCAUUUCGAAGGCUUAAAAAUAAACGUACUUAUAUGUGUGUCUGUAACCCAUGAUAGGUAGCAUUCGUGGUGGAAUCAUCAUUAAAAAAUAAUUAUCCAAGUGGUUUCUUAAAUACUUAUAGCUUUUUUUUAUCUCUAGGAUUAAAAGAG